AUGAUCCGGCAACUGCUGAUCAAUCCGAAACCGAUGCAUGAUUGCUGUUUGUCAUCAUUCCUCGUAAGCGAAAUCUGUUCAAUACGAACGCCUCGAUCGUCCGCGACCUCGCCGCCGGAUGAUUGGAUCAUCUCGAAUGUAGUCAACUCGAUGUUAACGAUUGCCUGCGACACUCUACCCAAGGCCGGAUUUUUGGAACCGAAGUGCGCGUUUGGCAUUUCCAUGCUGUACAUUGUCCGUCCCAACACGUUCAUCGACCAUUAUCCCAGUGAGCUUCCCCAGGACAAGAUUGCCACCCGCAUUCAGGAGGUCCUCAAGGCCAAGACCGGUGCCGGUUCGGCCACGCUCACGACGGCCUACGCCGAAGCCCUCGCUAUGGCCCAUGUCAUGAACGGCAAAAAGAACUGUGACAAUUCCGGGUUGGAGGAGGACGGUUUUGCCCCGGCGGUAUUAACCGGAGGCGGCCCGCGACGGUUUUGCUUGGCAAACGCGACGGUGAUCACGUGGAUCGUUUUCGGGAAGAAGACGAUUAACAUCCCACAAUGA